AUGACCGCAAAGAAGAUUAUAUGCGUCAUCGGAGCGACUGGGAAUCAGGGAGGCUCGGUGGCUCGCCGAUUCCUGCAGGAUCCACGGUUCAAAGUCCGCGGCGUCACCCGAGACAAGACUUCUGCCGCAUCCCAAGAACUCGUUGCCCUUGGAGCAGAGAUGGUCAAUGCUGACCUGGACAACCUCGAGAGUCUCAAGGCUGCAUUUAAAGGUGCAAAUGUCAUUUUCAGUGUGACUCAAUACUGGGAGCCAUUCAUGCGACCAGAUUGUCGUGAGCAGGCGAAGCAGCAAGGAAUCAGCUGUCGCAAGUUCGCCUAUAACGUGGAAUACCAGCAAGGGAAAAAUAUCGCCGAUGCGGCCGCAACCACAGUCGACACCCUAGAUGAGAAUGGGUUCUUGGUGUCCACUCUGAGUCACGCUCGCAAAUGUAGCAACGGGGAAUACACAGAACUGUACCACUUUGAUGCGAAAGCGGACAUCUUUCCGGAUUAUGUCGCGGCGAAGUAUCCUCCGCUGGCAGCGAAGAUGUCCUGCAUCCAAACUGGCUAUUUCAUGACAAGCCAUAAGAUUCUUCCAAACUCAUACUUCCAGAAGCUCGAAGAUGGUAGUAUACAAACCCGCUUCCCAACAAGCCCAGACAAGCCGGUCCCGCACUUCGCCGUGAAUGAAGAUAUGGGGAACUUCACGUAUGCCGUGUAUCAAAUGCCGCCAGGCAAGAACUACAUGGCCUGCGGUUCGGAAUGCAGCUGGCCCGACUUCAAUGCCUUAUGGGGAAAGAUAACUGGGGCUAUCGUGAGCUACAAGCAGGUCCCCUUCGACGAGAUGGUAAGUGAUACAGGGGACCGGGAUCUAGGUAUCGAAACAGCACAGAUGUUCGCUUACUCGAGUUGCCCUGGAUAUGACGGUGGGAUGGAAUUGUUGAAGGCGGAGGACCUCAGAAAGGCAGGAAUCGAAUGCCCCAUGACCACUUUGGAAUCGUAUUUUAGGAGCCAAGACUGGUCUCAUAUUCUUUCAAAGUAG